AUGGUCUAUACACUCGUUGUCCACCUCUACGCAAAGGAUGACCAAGAGUGCAUCAACAAAUUGAUCGCAAAGCUGCAGGAAGCUUCUCAGGUCUACACUAAUGACAAGGAGUGUCUGGGCUGGUUCGUCAUGCAAGAUACAAAGGACCCCCGCGCCUUCACCAUCGUCGAGAGAUAUUUGCACGAAAGCAGCCAAAAAUACCACCUCGAAAACCCUUACUGGCAAACCUUUGACAAAUACGUCAUUCCCCUGCUCGCAAAGGACAUGGAUCUCCGUCGUUUGAACGAGCUCGUGGAUGAACAGUCUGAGCAGGUCAGAGUCGAGCAGGAUCCUAAGCUGUGGGAGGAGGUCAAGAAGCAUCAGACUUACUAA